GCAAUGCCUCUGAGAAGGCAAAGGAGAUCCCAGAAAUCUUGAUCCUCGCUGUGAUUCUUCAGAGAGAAGAAAGGAAAACACAGGUUCAGAAAGGUGGUAUGGUCCAUUGUCAGGCAGCCAGCCAUGCCAACAGCACAAGUAGGACCCUGUCUACCUGGCUGUGGGUCCUGGGUUCCUCCCCCACAACACCACACUUGCGCAUAGGCCAGGAAGUGGUGAAAAGCCCACUUUCUGGUGCCCCUUCUCCCUGCCUUUAGAGCUCCUGUCCCACAAGGGAUUAGUCAGGCCCAAGGAGUAUAUGUGAAGGGACCUGGGGUGCCCAGUAAGAGGGGACUCAGUGGCCUCCAAGAUUCCAGAGUCACAUGGGAAGCAGAAAAGCCCCAGGAUUGCCCAGGCCCUGGGGUGUCUCCUCCUUGGGACUCCCAGGGUGAGUAAGAGCUCCCUUACUCAGCCAUGAGGCCACCACCCUGUCCAAGAGCCCCUCCCAGCCAGGUGUCAGCAGAGAAGAAGGAGGAGGGGACAAAAAGAGGGAGGAGGCGAAGCCACCACUCCAGGCCGAGACUGCUGGCUCCCAGUCCUGGUGUUGGUGGGAGGGACAGGGCGGGGCGGGAACAGCUGCCUGGCUGCCUGCCGGGAGCCAAAACGAAAGCACUUUGGCUGGGACGGGAGUCAGGACUCCUGGGAGAGGGAGUGCGCAAGCUAGCCAGCUCCAGGACCCCAAGGCUGGGGAGGGAUUCCCGCCCCUUCUGCCCACAGGCGCGGGGCUGAGUGGGAGCAGAGGUGCGGCGUCUGCCCCCCCCUCGGGGGGGGACAGGACAGGGCCUCGGGCCUGGGUGCCUUCUGACACCUGGAAGAUGCCUGUGUCCUGGUUCCUUCUAUCCUUGGCACUGGGCCGAAACCCUGUGGUCCUCUCUCUAGAGAGGGUGGUGGGGCUUCAGGAUGCUGCCCGCUGCUCUCCGGGCCUUUCCUGCCACCUCUGGGAUGGUGAUGUGCUCUGCCUGCCUGGGAGCAUCGUGUCCGCUCCAGGCCCCGUGCUGGUGCCCACUCGCCUGCAGACAGAGCUGGUCCUAAGAUGCCACGAGGAGACCGACUGUGACCUCUGUGUGCGUGUGGUCAUCCACUUGGCUGUGCAUGGGUCCUGGGAAGAGCCUGAAGAUGAAGAGAAGUUUGGGGGAGCAGCUGACGCAGAGCUCGAGGAGCACGGGAACGCCUCUCUCCAGGCCCACGUCGUGCUCUCCUUCCAGGCCUACCCUACUGCCCGCUGCGUCCUGCUGGAAGUCCAAGUGCCCGCUGCCCUCGUGCAGCCCGGUCAGCCUGUGGGCUCUGUAGUAUUUGACUGCUUCGAGGCCGCCCUGGGGGCUGAGGUGCGAAUCUGGUCCUACACUCAGCCCAGGUACCAGAAAGAACUCAACCUCACGCAGCAGCUGCCUGACUGCAGGGGGCUCGAAGUCCAGGACAGCAUCCAGAGCUGCUGGGCCCUGCCCUGGCUCAAUGUGUCUGCAGAUGGUGAAGAUGUGCGCCUGGUGCUGGAUGUCUCUGAGGAGCAGCGCUUUGGCCUCUCCCUGUACUGGAACCAGGCCCAGGGCCCUGCAAAACCCUGGUGGCACAGAAACCUGACUGGGCCACAGACCAUUACGCUGAACCACACAGACCUGGUUCCCUGCCUCUGCAUUCAGGUGUGGCCUCUGGAGCCCGACUCCGUCAGGACCAGCAUCUGCCCCUUUAGAGAGGACCCCCGUGCACACCGGAACCUCUGGCGGGCUGCCCGGCUGCACCUGCUGCCCCCACAGGGCUGGCGGCUGGACGCGCCGUGCUCACUGCCCGCCGAGGCCACACUGUGCUGGCAGGCUCUGGACGGGGGCCCCUGCCAGCCACUGGUCCCUCCGCUGCCUCGAGAGAAUAUCACUGUGAACAAGGCUCUUGAGUUCCCGUUGCUGAAAGGCCAUCCCAACAUCUGUAUCCAGGUGAACAGCUGGGAGACGCUGCAGUUGCAAGAGUGCUUGUGGGCUGACUCUCUGGGGCCUCUCAAGGAUGACAUGCUGCUGGUGGAGACACGAGGCCCCCAGGACAACAGAUCACUCUGUGCCUUGGAAGCCAGUGGCUGCACCCCACUGCUCAGCAGGGCUUCCACGAGGGCAGCUCGCCUUGGAGAGCAGUUACUACAAGACCUGCAAUCAGGCCAGUGUCUGCAGCUGUGGGAUGAUGACCUGGGAGCAUUAUGGGCCUGCCCCAUGGACAAGUACGUCCACCAGCGCUGGGCCCUGGUGUGGCUGGCCUGCUUACUCCUUGCCGCUGUGCUUUUCCUUCUCCUCCUUCUCAAAAAGAACCAUGUGAAAGGGUGGCUGAGGCUCUUGAAGGAGGACGUCCGCGUGGGGGCGGCCGCCAGGAGCCGCGCGGCUCUGCUCCUCUACUCCGCCGACGAUGCUGGCUUCGAGCGCCGGGUGGGCGCCGUGAGGUCUUGGCCCGAGUGCACUGGGCAGGCUUCACAAUGUGUGUGGAUUUUUUAAAAUAAAGUGUCUCCUCGUGGUGGCUGCUAGUGAGCUUUGGCCCCUGCCCAGAAUGGGGAGGGGUCCCUGCAGGGAUGGGCCCAUCACAGCCCCCUCCUGCCAGCUGCAUGCUGCCAGCUCCUGUUCUGUACUCACCUGCCCCCCAGCCACUGAUUUAUUUAUUGAUUCAUCUCAGGAAAUAAAGGUCUUGGAAAAUGGA